CAUGAUCAUAGAUUCUCAUCAUUUUCCCACAACUUUAAAAAAACAUGUCCUUUCACCACAAAUCCUCACCGUCACCGCCUCGCAGCAACCACAACGACCGCAAACGUAGAAUGCCAUAAACAAGUCCGUUCAUGGCGGCUCCUUCGCACCAUCGUCCAACUUCUCAUACCAUCUUGCUACUGCACGCUCGUAGAUCCAAAUGAUAAUCAAGAAGGCAAAUCUCACCACCAAAUCAAACCACGAACCUCUUCCGCUACCACAAAAUCCUCCUCUUUCACCGGAACAAUCUUUGGUUUCCGCCGUGGCAAAGUAAACUUCUGCAUCCAAGCAACGAACUCCAAAACCAUAAAUCCAAUAAUUAUCGGCUUAGAGCUCACCGUCCCAACUGAGGUAUUAGCCCGCGAAAUGCGAGGAGGCGUGCUAAGAAUCGUUCUUGAAUCAAACAAUAACGAGGGAUAUGAUUCACAUCAUGAUUCUUCUUCUUUUUCUCUUCUCACAACACCUUUAUGGAACAUGUAUUGCAAUGGUAGGAGAGUCGGUUUUGCCAUCAAAAGAGAGCCUUCAAAAUCCGAGCUAGCCGCGUUGAAGGUGCUUACUCCGGUGACGGAAGGAGCCGGAAUUGUUAAUGGAGAAGAGAUUAACCGAGAUAAGAGUGAUCAUAUGAUGUACCUAAGAGCGAGUUUCAAACGAAUUUUCGGAUCGUUUAAUUCGGAAUCUUUUCAUCUCAUCGAUCCUCGUGGGAUUAUCGGACAAGAACUAAGUAUAUCUUCUUUUUUUAGAUCAUCACAAAAAUGAUAUUGGAUCGUUUUGUUUUCCAGCAUGGACAUCAAUUGGUGCACUUGCAAACAUAUGAUGGGAUUAUUUCGAGAUUCAUUGGUGGGUUUAUUAUUAUUUUUUUACUGUUUUCUGUCUAUGAGGCAAAUUAAACCAGUUAUCGUGGAUCUCGAAAUAUUUUUUAGCUGUGCGUAAUUCGUUGAAAAUGUAAUAAGCAUAGCUUUUGGUGAUCUCAAAUUUUGUGUGCAGUAGUGCUGACCAUAUGUAUGUGUUUCUUAUAGUGCAAAAUGCUUUUUAACCAUCUAAUAUUUAUUUA